CUGACUGAUUAGCCCAUAUCAACGCCAAAAAUAAGGGCUUUCCUUUGAUGCAUCAUACUUGCCACCGCUCCCUUUACGACUUUUUAUCAGAAAAGUCCAGAGGUGACACAGAAAAAUGUCCCAUCAAUUAAUCACCAAGCCAGAGAGUUCUAUACCAUUUGUAUGUGAUUCACAAGCUGUCUUUAGAUUUCUCCAAAGAUAGAAAGCCACUCCAUGCCAAACACAUGCUCAUCAAUUUGCAUUAAUGAGUUGCACAAAUUUAGGCAACGUUAUUAGUGUCUACAUUAGUUGGUCGCCUUGAAAGACGGUGAAAUUCUCACGUAUUCCUUAUCACAGCAACAACUCAUCAGACAGAUUGUGGAAAUAAAACAGCAAAUAGUAAUUGAUCGAAAAAGGUGAGCGGUUUGCGGGAAGCGACGGGGCGCUAGUACAACCGAUCGAAACCGUUUUUGCACUAUUGAUAAGUGGUUAAACAUAAGCAAAGGUUUGCCAUUGGCACGCGUCCAGUGCUUCCAGAUCCGUCCAUGAGUUAACAGCUCCUAAAAAAAGGGAAAUCCAAAGCAAAGUUAUCGCAAAAUUUACAAUAGCAAUUGAAAGUAGACGCUCGCACCGGAAAUCAAUUAGGCAAUCGGGCAAUCGAUCCGUCCAAUCAUGUCGCAGCUAUACGAUCUCACGGAGGUGGCCCAGCAGAAUGGCAAGAACGGCAAGCCCUGUUGGCUGAUCAUCAAGGGAAACGUGUACGAUGUUACCAAGUUCCUUAGCGAACAUCCUGGCGGCAGCGAUGUCCUCCUUGAAUAUGGUGGCAAGGACGCCUCCAAAGCAUUCAAGCAAGCUGGACACUCGAGCGAUGCCGAAAAGGAUCUGAAGAGCUACAAAAUCGGUGAAAUUAAUCCAGCAUCGCCGCCCAUUCAAAUCCAGCCCACUCCCGUGGCCGCCAAGAGCCCGGCAGAAAACUCAAUAUCUGGAGAUCCCCAGCCGGCGAAGAAGAGCUCCGGCGGUUUCCUGUGCUGCUGCUAGAACUGCUUAAUCGUGUGUCAUAUAUAAUUGAUUUAUUAACAUAAUAGGCUCAGGUCGUUAUUAAUUUAGUGUAAUUAAUUUGUAACUAUGUCUAAGGUUCAUCUCCCUCAUGCUCAUCGUGUCCAUACAAAACUAGCCUAAGAAGAUCAACUCUGCUUACCUCGCGAUCUGAAUAAAUUGCAAACAAAUCCGGCGGAGCAGCUCCACCAACUCUUAAU